AUGCGGUACCUAACGCCGCUGGGCAAGGCGCUCUACCCGGCGCUCUACCCCAUAUGGGGUGUCUGGUUCUUCAUCGCCCACCCUCCGUUCUGGAGCCUCUUCAAGACGCGUCUGAUACCCAUGCUGUUCCUGAGUUUACUGGUGUAUACCCUCUUGUUUAUGCUUGCUUUCCUGCCACAGGCGGCGCUGUUGGCUAUAUUUCAUGGCCCUGCGGCGUUUGUGAGUGCUGCGUUUUUGGUUUUGGGAGAAGGCGCCGUCAUCGUCGCCCUCCUCUUCGAAGCUUUCUUCGUCGACGAAACACUUGUGGAUGUCUUUGACGCGACCCUCCUCUCCCAGCACCAAGAAGCCCUGCUCUCACCCUCUCGCACCAUUUUUCCCGCCGCGUCAAACUCCGUCAAGGCCCUCGGCCCACCGACAGAGAAGGCAGUGUAUGGCCCAUUCAGCUUCCGUCAGAUUGCGGAAUUUGUGCUGUUCCUCCCGCUGAAUUUUAUUCCCUUCGCGGGCGUGCCGCUGUUCUUGAUUCUUACGGGGAGGAGGGCCGGGCCAUUGCAGCAUUGGAGGUAUUUUAAGUUGAGGGGGUUGGGGAGGAAGGAGCGGAAUAAAGAGGUGGAAAGUCGGCGAUGGGGCUAUACUUGGUUUGGGACCAUUGCGCUACUGCUGCAGCUUGUCCCAGUGUUGUCAAUGUUCUUCUUGCUUACAUCUGCUGCUGGCUCAGCGCUGUGGGUUGCGGAUUUGGAAGAGGCAAGGCAGCGGCGGUUGUUGGCUGCUGAGUCAGUCGUGGGAGGAGCAGAAGUCAAUGAUGAGUUUCCGCCAGAGUAUACGGAUACGGAAGAUCAGGUAUAA